AUGAGCGCAGACCAGUUUGAUGCUCCCCCUCCUCCUUACGAGGACGCCGCUUCUGCCAUCGCUCGGCAACCACCAUUUCCCCGCCCAGAUCAGAUACAAACGCAUUACAUUACCAUAGAGUCCGGAACGGCCUCUCCAUCUCUUCCCUUUCCGGACCCUGCCGAACUAUGGCUCGGCCGCGACAUCUCCAGGCAAGACUGGUCUACUUUCGUCGCCAACCUCACAGCCGCUCUUGAAGCCGACGAACAGGAAAAUAAGCAACAGUCAAAGGGACAAGGAAACGGGAAAGGCCGAGUGGCUGAAAUAGUCGCACGGUGGAACAGUGGCUUCUUCGAGCCGCGCGGCCUCAAGAUUGUUCUGAACGACGAGGGUGCGAGUGCCGGCUCUUCAGGCAGCGGCAGCUCAAGAUUCCAAUUCGGCCCUGAUAAGUUCGGCGUCAAGAUUGGAAGCGGCAUCUUCGGGUUAGACCUAUCUAAAAAGUCCAAUCCAGAGAAGUAA